GGGGCUGACGGCCCACUGGCGGUUGGGAGCCCGGGGCCGGUGUACGGCCAUGGGGGGGCUGCGGCUGCUCGCGGUGGCCCUCACGUGCUGCUGGUGGCCGCAGGGCAGCCAUGGUAAAACCCUGCGGGGCAGCUUCAGCAGCGCCGCCGCCCGGGACGCUCAGGGCCAGAGCAUCGGCCACUUCGAGUUCCACGGUGACCAUGCUCUUCUGUGUGUCCGAAUCAACAACAUAGCAGUAGCUGUUGCAAAAGAAGCUAAACUCUACCUGUUCCAAGCACAGGAAUGGCUAAAGCUGCAGGAGAGCAGUCCUCGCUAUGGUUGUAGUGAAAAAUUAUCGAAAGCUCAGUUGACAAUGACAAUGAACCAGACUGAACAGAAUCUGACAGUGUCCCAGAUUCCACAUCCACAAACCUGGCGUGUGUUUUAUGCAGACAUGUAUACCUGCAAAGAUGAGGAGGAGAAUGCUCAGGAAGAAGAUAUCCCAUUUGAAAUGAUGUUACUAAAUCCAGAUGCUGAAGGAAAUCCUUUUGAUCAUUUUAGUGCUAGAGAAUCUGGGUUACAUGAGUUCUUUUUCCUCCUAGUCCUAGUGUACUUUGUGAUUGCUUGCGUUUAUGCUCAGUCAUUGUGGCAGGCUAUUAAGAAAGGAGGACCCAUGCACAUGAUUUUAAAGGUUCUGACAACUGCAUUGCUGUUACAAGCUGGUUCAGCUUUAGCUAAUUACAUUCAUUUCUCCAGGUACUCCAAAGAUGGGAUAGGGGUGCCUUUUAUGGGAAGUUUGGCAGAAUUUUUUGACAUUGCUUCCCAAAUCCAGAUGUUAUACCUACUUCUGAGUCUCUGCAUGGGCUGGACAAUAGUCAGACUGAAGAAGUCCCAAAGCAGGCCUCUGCAGUGGGAUUCUACCCCAGCGUCCACUGGCAUUGCAGUGUUCAUUGUGGUCACACAGAGCGUUUUGCUGCUUUGGGAGCAGUUUGAAGAUACCAGUCAUCACAGUGCCCAUUCGCAUCACAACCUAGCAGGAAUCCUGCUAAUCAUUUUAAGAAUUUGCCUCGCCUUCUCCCUGGGCUGUGGACUCUAUCAGAUCAUCACCGUGGAGAGAAGCACACUCAAAAGAGAGUUCUACAUCACAUUUGCCAAAGGCUGCACCUUGUGGUUUUUGUGUCAUCCAGCUCUUGCAUUCAUUUCUGUCAUUUUUAAUGACUACCAAAGAGAUAAGGUAAUCAUCAUAGGUGUAAUUCUUUGCCAGUCCACUUCCAUGGUUAUUCUCUACAGACUCUUCCUGUCCCACAGUUUGUACUGGGAAGUUUCUUCACUGUCCUCAGUAACACUACCACUGACCAUUUCAUCCGCACACAGAAGUCGCCCUCAUUUCUGAUACUGGAUCUUUGUUGAAGGAAAAAGUGGUUGGACACAGGAGUGCAAUACGGAUCAGAUAAUGAUUCUUCAUACGUUUAGUAUAAAAAAUGAACAGUGAAAGCAUGCUAUUUAUACAACUGCUUUAAGCAGUACCAAAACUCAGAAACGAUAAGUGGAAUGUUUUGAAAUUUACUUAAACAAUAAACUUUCCAGAAAGAAUGCCAUUAUAAGGUGGUUGAAGCAAUUUCUGUGUAGAAAUAAAUGUGAAAAAGAUAAUGAUAUUCUUGUAAGCUAUUCAGCACAGACAAUGCCUCAUAUCAAUCGCUAACUCAGGUUUGAUAGUCUUGUAAAUAGUAAUCAGUUAAAUGAUUACUUGUUUAUACAUAUCUAAACUAGUUCAAUUAUAGAAUCAGUGUAGUAUAAUGAAUUUUUAACUGUCCUUUUGUGCUUUAAGGAAAGUGCAUUCCACAUUAGAGUUUAAAGGAAUUGAAAAUGAAAUUCCUUGAGAAA